AGCCACAUGGAAGAGUAUCUAGUUCAGAAAUCAUGGCCUUCGGAAUGCCCCGAUCCUUCCUGUAACCACAUUUCUAAGAAAGAGCAAGAUUAUCGCCGAUACCUUCAUGACAUGCACCAUUAUCACAAAGUAAUAUGUGUGGCAUCCAAGGAGGCUCACAAGAAAUGAUUAUCUGCUAUGCUAGACAAGAAGAUAGUCUCAGACUGUACUUAGUCAAUGCAACACAAACACCCACACAAGCGUCGCAAGAACGCUCCCGAUUCACCACCAUGUGGACCGAAGAUGUUGAAAAUCAAAUUCUGGCAGCCUUCCACAAUGCCCACAGAGCCCAUGUUUCCAGUUGAAACUGAGAUGCAUGACAUUAUGCAGGAGAGACCACAAGUAUUGGCAUGGCAGAUUGAGAACUGCCAAAGCACAAUUGCGUUGGGUGAAGGUCGGAAUAGCGUGGUUGUCCCGUCGGUCAUACUUGAUACUCCAGAUCUUAUAGAUGAUAGCGGCACAUGUUCAAGUCCUUCUACAGUGUGUUCAACUUUCAGUGUAGUUGAUAUUGACCCACAGCUAUUAGAACUAUCUCAGCCCUUCUUGUCCUAGCUAAAUGGGAAGCCUGAUUAACCUGAUACAUAUA